AAAAAAUUCCUGUAGAAAGAGAAGAACAAGCGGCGGACGGAGAAAAAGCCUCGGCCACUUCAGCGGGAUACAAAUAAAAGGCAGCGGGCGGAAAUAAGGACAGGAUCCCGGCCAGCGGCUCUCCAGGUUUUCCCCCGUCAGAAGUGGCGGUCACACCGAGCGAGGUGCAGCGCCGUCAGCCAAACGCAUCACGCCACCAAGAGGGAAGCACACGCCGCUUACAAAGUCAACUCAAUCGGCUGAACUCGGAGGGCAGCAGACGAUGCUCUCCUGAAUCCCUCCGCUGACGACCCCCCUUCCCCCGCCCCUUCAUCCUCCUCACCCUCCUCUUCCUCGCCAUCGGCUCCAUCAUGAACCACACGCCCAGCCCCCACCUGUCCGAGGGCGGCAAGGCGGCCGGAGGCGGCCUGCUGUGCAGCCUGGGCCUGGGGCCCGACAGGGGCAUCCGCUCCCCGGACAGCCUCACCCACACGCCCAGUCCCACCGGGGGGACGCCCAGCUCCAGCCCCCCCCUGCUGCUGUCGCCCGGCCUGGGAGGCCUGGGGCUCGGAGCGCUGGGGGGCAUGGGCGACGCCGGCGGGGGGGACUGGGAGAGCAGGGAGGAGCUGAGGCUCAGGGAGCUGGAGGAGGCCCGGGCCAGAGCCGCCCAGAUGGAGAAGACCAUGAGGUGGUGGUCAGACUGCACCGCCAACUGGAGAGAGAAGUGGAGCAAGGUUCGUGCGGAGCGGAACCGAGCGCGGGACGAGGUGCGUCAGCUGAGGCAGCGGCUGGACGCGCUCACCAAGGAGCUGACCGGCGUCCGGCGGGAGCGGCAGGAGCUCGCCGCCGAGAACGAAACGCUGCGGCAGGAGGCGCUGCGUCUCCGCGGCGACCACGCGGCGCCCCCUCCCGCCGCCGCCGCCGCCGCCAGCGCCUCCUCCUCCUCCUCCUCCCCGGCCCACCCGCCCCCCGCCGCCUCCUCCUGCUCCUCCUCUCCGUCCAUGCCCCCCUCCUCUCCCGCCUCCUCCUCCUCCUCCUCUCAGCCCCACGCCAACGGCAAGCCGGACAGGAGCGCCGAGGGCCCGCCGGGGUCCCCGGAGCCGGAGCCGGUCAGGGACGUCGACUCCGAGAAGCUGGAGAGAAAAAAGGACUUGGAGCUGCUCGAGUCGGUCCUGCGCUCCAGGGCUCCGGGCGCCGAGGCUCCGGAGGCCUGGGACGGCCGGAGCGGCGGCGGCGGCGGCAGCGUGCACUCGGCCAGCCUGCGCUCGGCGUCCAGCGUGAGCCGGCAGGACCGCAGCCGGCAGCUGUGGGACGACCUCGGCGGCGUGGAGGAAGACUCCGGAAAACUGAACGCCCUGCAGCUCCGGCUGGACGAGUCGCAGAAAGUCCUGCUGAAAGAGAGAGAGGACAAGCUGGCUCUGAGUAAGAGCAUCGAGCGGCUGGAGGCUGAGCUCAGCCAGUGGAAGCUGAAAUACGAGGAGCUCAGCAAGAACCGGCAGGAGGCCCUCAAACAGCUCAACCUGCUGAAGGAGAUGCACCAGGAUGAACUGGGCCGCAUGUCUGAAGACCUGGAGGACGAACUGGGAGCCCGAACCAGCAUGGACAAGAAGCUGGCCGAGCUGCGGGCCGAGAUGGAGCGCCUGCAGGUGGAGAACGCUGCAGAGUGGGGGCGGCGGGAGCGCCUGGAGACGGAGAAACUGGCUCUGGAGCGCGACAACAAGAAGCUGCGGGCUCAGGCCGAGGACCUGGAGGAGCAGCUGGCCAAGAAGCGGCGGCAGGCGGCCUCGGCGCUCGACACCGACCUCAAGGCCAUCCAGAGCGAGCUGUUCGAGCGGAACAAGGAGCUGGCCGACCUGCGCCACAUCCACGCCAAGCUGAAGAAGCAGUACCAGGAGAAGAUGGCGGAGCUCGCCCACGCCAACCGGCGGGUGGAGAGCCACGAGGCCGAGGUCAAGAAGCUACGACUGAGAGUGGAGGAGCUGAAGAAAGAGCUGGGACAGGCAGAGGACGAGCUGGAUGAGUCCCAUAACCAGACCAGGAAGCUGCAGAGAUCUCUGGACGAGCAGGUGGAGCAGACUGAGAACCUGCAGGUACAAUUGGAACACUUACAGUCGAGGCUGCGGCGGCAGCAGCAGACUCCGGCUCUGUUCGGGAAGAUGCGCUCGGCUCGGUUCAGCCCCGAAAACCCGGACGGCCCGACCAGCGACAUGGACGAGGAGGAGGAGGAGCUGCAGCUACAGAUCCCAUGAUCCACACACACACACACACACACACACACACACACACACACACACACACACUCACACACGUGGACACACAAACAUGAGCCCUGUUGGGUGGAAAACCUUGCAUCUCCAAAAGGCCAUGCCGACUUUUUUUCCUCCUUGAUUUCUGUGUUUCCUGUCAUAACAUCACAAUUUAAAGGGUUUGCAUUUUAAUUUUCUGCGUUUUUUGUAAUUUAUAUGAUGAACUGAUGUCAAAAUGACAGAAAACUGUGAGCAAAAUAUUUGAGAUAACCUCCAGGGCUUCUCUCUCGCACCUACAAUCAAACAAGCUGGACGUUCAUCCAUUAUUAAUGAGCCCCUGGCUGCUGAUUGGCUGGCAGUGUUGGUGGCCCCGCCCCCUCCCAGCAGCACCACCAUCUGCUAACGUCAUCAUCAUCAUCAUCAUCAUCACAUUAAAAACAAAAAACUGUUUCCUGUCAGAUCCCCUUUUUUAAAAGUGUGACCCAGCAGGAUGUCAGUGGCCUGUAGGGGGAGACACACAGCUCCGUUUGAUUGGACGGGGUGCAGCGUUGUGAUUGGUCCAAAAUUCAUGACAAAUUUAUUGGCUGAAAUUUGUAUUUGGGCCUUCUGGUGCAGAAUACAGUCACCGUGAAAUAAAUAAAGGUUUUUUAAGUCUGUAAGUUGGAGUUACAAAGUUUUCACAAAAUGUCCACGUUCAUAAACACACACACACACACACACACACACACGCACACACACACACAGUCUGAAUACACUCACAUAUAUAGCCACACACACACACACAGAAUGGACAGUGACAUAUAAGAAGUUUCCUGUUUGGAUGAACGAUUUGAACCGGAUGUUUUGUUGGACGGACGCUGAGGCCGACCCCCCCAUCCUGUCAGCACACACACACACACACACACACACACACACACACACACACACACUCAGCCUUACCUCAUGUCACACACACACACACACACUCACACAUCACCCAGCUCUCCCAUCUGGACUGUGCUGCUGUAUGAAGUCACCAGCGUCUCUCUCUCUCUCUCUCUCUCUCUCUCUCACACACACACACACACACACACACACACACACCUCGGCUGUUUCCCUCCACCUUCCCAAACUGUGAGCUUCUGCUUUCUGUCAGAAACAACCAGCAACUCCACAAGAAAUUAACCCAAAACAUUUUCAAGAAACGACUCUGAAGCCUCAAGAAACCCACCUGGAAAUCAGCAAAAAGAAAACAACAGCAAAAAAAAAAAAAAAAAAAAAA